AUGCGAUCGAACAGAUCUUCUAAGCAUAAACGCAAAGCUGACCAGCAGUUCUUCCAAGUGGAAGCGAUCCUUGAUGAGCGUCGAGUAAAUGAUCAAUUAACCUACAAAGUCCGAUGGGUUGGAUAUCCUUCCAGUGAAGACACUUGGGAACCCGAGGAGAAUUUAACCAGCGUACGAAAUCUCAUAGAUCAAUUUCAUAAGCAAAAACGUACGUCCUCCCCUUCUUCAAUUACCUCACAGUGCUCCAGAAAAAGACACGCCGGUUCUUCAAAUGAAUCAAAUUCCUCAAAAUCACGCCAAAAUUCGCCAUUUUCAUCGAGCAAACGCCGAGCAACCAAAUGUCGAUCCGGUUAUUAUGAGUACGUUCCGCAAAGUCAACUUGUCGCUUCUAAGACACAGUUCUUUAACGAUAUAAGUGAGGGAAAGGUUGAUCUGACGUCUGAUUUGUAUUCUCGGGUGAAAAAUCGAAGAAGACACCACCAGGAUGAGCCUCUUAGUCGUCCUUCUAGUCUCUUAGAAAUGAAUGAAUUUAAAGGCAGUUCUUCACUAACUCCACCCACUCGGCAUAGUGAGCCUUCUACACCGAAAAAUUUCAUCCAAACCUCGAAAACCCCUUCAGAACGAGCAGAAUCGGUGUCUUCGAUUUGCUCUCAUGUUCAGUUAUUUAAAUCUGAUGUCGACAAAACGAUGAUGAAGGAUGACUGUUCUACUACUUCGAAUUCAAAGUCUUCCUUGAAACUCCAACUGAGUCCUGUUGAUCCUUCUCCUCCUUCACCAAAAAGAUUUCCUGGAGAACUGUCAGUUAAUUUCCCUGUUGAACAGGAAUUUUCGAAUCGGUCUAAGGUUGAAUCACCAAGGCAGUCAUCGGCUUUCGAAGAAAAGCUAGAAGAAGAUCACAAUGAGGGUUUGCAAUUUGAAGUUGAUUCACCCGUGUUGGUUGAAGACGUAGAAGAACCAUGUAUUCCGCGUCCUUUAGUUCAGUCAGCCCAAAAACUGAUGGCCAUCUAUCGCGAUCUACACACCUCAGAAAAUAAAGAAGGGAGUAUUCUAUCCCAAUUUCCCGAGGUUUGUCCUUACAGCGAUAAUGCAUCAAUUCGCUCACUGGAUAAUCUACUUUUUGCUAUAAAUAAUCACCACUGGACACUGCUUGCGACUCAGCCAAUUGAAACUAUGUCGAUGGUUCCUUAUCCUGGCUCCCAACAUCCUCUAGUUGCAGCUUUAAUAGGGGGUGAGGGGAAACCAUUUCUGCUCCGGCGAUUACUUCAAGUCGUCAAGGAUCCGAAUUUCGUGGACCCUGUUUCAAAGUGGCCUCUUCUUGUAAUUGCCGUCUUCUAUGGACGCGUUCAAGCUGUUGAAGUUCUCCUCGAACAAGGCGCAAAUCCAAACUCAUCGAUUAUUGUAGAUGGAAGACGAAUGACUGCCCUUGGGGUUGCUAUUGCAACAGGAAAUGUGGAUAUGGUUUCUCUACUCAUUCUUAAUAGAGCUAAUCUCUAUAAAGUCAAUGGGGAUAUGACAUCUAUGCAGUUUAUUGAUCAAUUAAUCAUUGCCGCAACUCCGAAAACACAUCAUGAUAUUAUUUUCCAACCGUCUACAAAAUAUGGAAUUACUAAAGAUGCAGCUAGGCAGCAGUACAGUACUCUAUCGAGAGACCCUUCCACAAUUCCACCUAUUGAACCUCCUAAUGAUAUUUAUCUUCCGCGUUCUCCUUACCUCACUGCCCUUACUUCUUCAGUGGUACCACAGAGUGUUUCUACAUCUUUUCAUAUGUCAUUUGAUGAUCAGCUAUCAAAGAUCCCGUCUGCUGACUCACUGAACUGUAUCUAUAGAUUAAUAUCAUCCCUCCACGCUCGACUUUUCCUUGAAAUUGAUCGAGUUGUCUCCCAGUGGCUACGUAAAGUCGAAAUGGCUACUGUAUCUGUUGUUGACAAGGGUCAGUGGAUUUGUCUUCAAGAAGAUUCCUUCAAGAUCACUUUUCCAACACCACUUAAGGAAGAUCCUUCCACGGUUUGCGUUCUCUUUCUUAUCCAUGGGACGGUAACCCCGCCUGGAUGUUACCAUCUUUGGUUAGGCGACGAUGGACCGUGUUUUGUAGAUAAAGUUUUCUUAGGUGUCGAACAAAGACCUCUUGAUCGACUCUUUUUCGUAUCUACUCUAUUCCCUCUAAAAAGAGACGAAGAACAUCAAUCUGUAUCUGUUUUUCUCGACCGUGAAAGGCGAAAGGAUGUCUGCAUCAUACCCUUAGUUCUUCGUUUGAAACCUGUGCCGAAACCUACGCCAAUUCUGGUUGCAGAUGAUGGGAUUCAACCUUCUGAACUACCGAGACUUAGGCAGCGUCUGUAA